CAUUUUUAUUCAAGAUCACAGGAGCCCAGUUUAAAUCAGUGUAUACAUUUCUUUAUCCACCUUAAAAAAAAAAUAUAAUUUCAUUAUAUUUAAAGUUAUCACAUUAACAUUUGUUUAUAAAAUUUUAAUUUACUAUAAACAAUAUUGGCCAAGAUUCUAGUCAGAGAUCUUAUUAAGCAGUAUCCUGAUAUACUCAAGAUCAGGUAUGAGUACGCACCCAAACGGAUAUGGGAGUGCAAACAGGUCAGAUGGUUUAAACAAUGUUAAUGGUGGUGGUUAUGAACAUACAGAAAACACCAGAGUUAUGGUCGAAGGAGGUCUUCCUGCUGCUAAAGUGCCAGAAAUGACUAUACUAAACAAUUUACAGAAUGCAUCUUCUCAGUCGCUCUUUCAUAUUGUACAUAAGAUUCUCGAUGACAGCAUUGAGAACAGGAAAGAGGAUGUACCAGAUAGAGUUGCCUGUCUGCUGAAAAAGCUCGUUCAAAUGAUCGAGCAACGGAUUUCAGUACGAGCAGAAGAGUUCAAGAAGCAAAACAAUCUGUACAAGGCUCGUGAGGAAAAGUAUCAAUUAAAACUGAGAGUGUUUAAAACUCUUGUCACUGGGAUGAAGGAAGAAAAUGAGGUUGUUUUGAAUCAGCUCCAGCACAUAAAGGCUGAGAAGACUAUGGUGGAGGAGAAAAAACGGCUUGAAGAUAAGGAAUUAGUUGCAUUGAGGAAAGUGAAUGAGAAAUGUAAUCUAGAAAUUUCAGAAUUAAGACAGGAGUUGGAAGUCACAAAGGAUACAUAUCAGAAGCGUUGUCAAGAGCUUGAAACACAUGCUAUGGACAUUAAAUCUGAGCUACAGAAGAAGACGGAGGAUCUUGAGAAUCUACUCGCUGAUUCGAGGAAGAAGGUAAAAGAACUUGAAAAGUUUACAGAAUCUAAGUUCCAAAGAUGGAAGAAGAAAGAACGUGGCUACAGGAACUUUAUGGAUUUUCAGUCCGGAUCUCUAAAGGAAUUAAGAAUGGGGUCUGAGUCUAUUAAGCAAGAAGUAAUGAAGACUCAACAGAUCUAUUCUGAGGAAAUUAACCAGUUUGGAAUAAAGAUUCAGGGGCUUGUAGAUGCCGCGAAAAAUUAUCACACAGUUCUAACAGAGAACCGGAAAUUGUACAAUGAAGUUCAGGAUUUGAAAGGGAAUAUCAGAGUCUAUUGUAGGAUAAGGCCAUUCCUAAAAGGUCAGAGUCAAAAGCAGACAACCAUAGAGUAUAUUGGUGAUAAUGGCGAAUUGGUUGUUACAAACCCCUCGAAAAUAGUCAAAGAAAGCCACCGACUUUUCAAAUUCAAUAAAGUGUUUAGCCCUGCUGCAACACAAGAGGAUGUGUUUGUUGACACUCAACCACUUAUUCGGUCAGUGUUAGAUGGAUAUAAUGUGUGCAUAUUUGCAUAUGGUCAAACAGGCUCCGGGAAGACAUAUACUAUGACGGGUCCUAAUGUAUCAUCUCCAGAGGACUGGGGGGUCAACUAUCGAGCCUUAAAUGAUUUGUUUCAUCUUUCUCAAAUCAGAAGAAGCUCGUUUGACUAUGAAAUUGGCGUGCAGAUGGUUGAGAUCUAUAAUGAGCAAGUUCGUGAUUUAUUAUCAAGCACCAGUGUUCAAAAAAGACUUGGGAUAUGGAAUUCUACCCAGCCGAAUGGGUUAGCUGUCCCUGAUGCUAGCAUGCACCCUGUUACAUCAACUGCAGAUGUCCUGGAGUUAAUGAAUGUUGGGUUAAUGAACCGUGCCGUAGGUGCCACUGCAUUGAACGAAAGGAGCAGCCGGUCUCACAGUGUCCUGACCGUUCACGUUCGUGGAUUGGAUCUUGAAACAAAUGGUGUUUUGCGUGGUAACUUACAUUUGGUCGAUCUAGCGGGGAGUGAGCGAGUAGAUCGAUCUGAGGCAACCGGGGAUAGAUUACGAGAAGCUCAACAUAUUAACAAGUCUUUAUCUGCUCUUGGAGAUGUUAUCUUUGCACUUGCACAGAAGAGUCAACAUGUGCCAUACCGAAAUAGUAAACUUACUCAAGUUUUGCAAAGUUCUUUAGGGGGUCAAGCGAAGACUCUUAUGUUUGUACAACUCAAUCCAGACGUGGAAUCUUUCUCUGAAACUAUAAGUACCCUGAAAUUUGCUGAACGUGUGUCUGGUGUUGAGUUAGGUGCAGCCCGUAGCAAUAAAGAGGGGAGAGGUGUUCGAGAGCUAAUGGAACAGGUGACUCAUCUAAAAGAUGCAUUGACCAAAAAGGAUGAGGAAUUAUCGCGGUUAAGGGUCUUAAAACCAAGUUCAAGUGGUGAGAAGGGGUCGCCCAGGAAUAGCUCUUGCUCUCCAAGAAGGCUUUCGAUUGGGGAAUCACAUAACAGAAUUCAACCACGGGAUAAAAACGCAGUACUUGGUCCAAAAGCAGCUUCUGAUAUGGAUAAUUGUUCAGAGUUGAGUGAUAAGCAAUCUGAAGCGAGUUCUCAACGGUCAACAGAUGAGUUUAGACAUCAUAAAGAUUUCUUCACCCAAUCAAGCCUUGUUGCAGCAGAUGGCAGUCUAGGUUUGCCUGAAAAUGGCAUUCAAAAUCUUAAUGAUGAUUUUGAGAUCUUGGGAUUAGGGGAUGAGGAUUCUGAAGAGAGGUUAAGUGAUAUAUCUGAUGGUGUCCUCUCUAUGGGAACAGAGACCGAUGGUUCACUAAGUAGCAUUGUUGAGUUGACUCUUUUCCCGGAAACAAGAAAAGCACCCGUUGAGCAUAAGCAGAAGCCUAGUGUACCUUCUAAAGUUCCCAGACCCCCACAAAAAGCCGCGUUUUCUUCACAAAAACUAGUGCAGACAGGUUCGUCUUCACAGAGGCAGGGACUAGCCACAACUUCACAACGAGGGCUGGCCACACCUUCUCGGCCUUCACUAACCAAGGGUGUCACGCGCACUGCAUCAACACCGAGUCUCAAAAAGUCAACCUCUGGAAGUUCUUCACUUAAAUCUGGUGCACGACAGUGAACAUCAAUCUUAGUUGCCAUGACUGUAGUCUAAUAUAGAUCAGUAUUCUUCUGUUCAUUCAUGAACCUCCUCAAUUCAUGAAAUACAUCUUGUUUGAGAAAGAGUUAUCUAGAAUUUUAUCUUUACUGGUGUAGAAUGUAUGUCAACUUAUUUCUUUAUAUUUGUAGUAUUAAAGGGCUUUUUUUUUCUU